GGCGUCCCCCCAGCAACCCAUUACCUUGUUUAUAGCCUUCAAACAAUCCUCCGAAAUUUUCAGUUUCAGUCUGAGAGGAAACACUUAAUGAAGCAGAUUCGAUCCGCUUCGAACAACAAGACACAAUUUAUUGUUAGUUUUUCCAGUCUUUUGUCCUUUGAACGAAAAUGAAGUGUCAUGAGAAGAAGUCGCCGGAACCCAGUGCCGAGUGCCAGGGCAGGACCAUUGAGCUGAACCCCGGCUCGGCCUGCCCGGCGCCUCUGAUUUGUCCCGAACCGCAGGAGCCGCGCUCGCAUCGCUUAAAGAAGCCACCACAACCGGCCCUGGUGGCCUUAGCCCCGCAUCCUGACGAGGCCGGUCAGAUACAUUUGCUGCAAAAUAUCACUGGACCAGCAAUGGAACACCAGAAGCUUCAGGGAGAUUUCCAGGCGGGAGUGGACGAUCAGCAGAAGCAGUUGGCUGACAUCCGAGCUGAACAGUAUAAGCAGUCGCAAGUCCCUGCCAACAUGCCGGAAUUACAGUUUGCUAGAGCGAUAGAUCCCGAAGCAGACAACCUGCGGAAUCCGCCCUGCUACCUACCGCAGCAGGGUGACGAUCUGCCCCACAAGGACCAACUGAUGCCCAUGGGUCCCAUUGGACCAUGGGCCUCCGGCAAGGUGGACUGGAGCCCCAUGGCCGGAAUGACGGGAACCCGGCCCGUCGUCGAUCGCUACUCAAUUACUCGAUACAGCCCGAACGAGUGGCGCACCAGAAACCAUGAGACGGUGCAGUUCGUAAACGCAACGCAGGGAAAAGCAGAUAAGAAUCGCUUCAGUUCUACCACUGAGUACCUGCGUCUGUCGGCCCUGGUGAACAAGUCACAGACGGAGACCACCGAUCGGCUGAGGACCCGCGCUCAGCUCAUUGGUAAAUGGAAAAACACCCUGGAGAAUGCCAUUAGGGCCAUGGCCGACGAGAUUGCCACCAUGGAGGUGGACCGCGUCCGGCUGCGCAAGUCGCUGGUGGUGUACGGGGUGCCGGAGUCCAUAGCCAAGGAGUGCAUUGAAAAGCGGGCCACAAGGCCGGACACCGAGUUGGUGCGUGACCAGGUGGAGGAGGAGUUGGUCAACGAGCUGGCCCUGAUUGCCGAGAUCCGGCGCCUGAUGCAGAAGACCCUGGAGGACUUUGAAAUGCAACAGGUGGAGAACCGCACGGCUCGCCAGAGACUCGAGUACGACUGGAGCGACAAGAAGGAGGCCUACGAGAUCGAUACCCUCAAUGUUGGCCUCAAUAACCUGUCCAGGACGAUAAUGUUCCGCCCGGGUGCUGUGCGGCAGCCGCCGGAGCAGGCUUCCGAGAAGUACUGGGAGCACUUCAGCAUGGAAACCCUGGAUGACUGUGAAAAGUGUCGCCUCAAGUCGGUGGCUCUGCGCAACACACUCCACUCGAUCAUGAUGAAUGGAGCCCGCGAUAUGCGCACUCAGGCCGACGUGGUGGAGAAGGCACUGACCUCCAGGAUCAACUGUACCCAGGAGGCAGUGCAGCGCUUCGAGAAUGACCUCAAAGAGACUCUGCAGAGCUUGGCCGACGUGGAGAACCGCAUCACUUUAAUGAAGCGGCGCAUCUCGGACUUUGACAGCUCCAUGAAGGUAGCCCAGACACGCAUGGACAAUCGCGGCUACCGGCCUAACGUGGAGAACUGUCGCGAUCUCGCUCAGCAGGAGCUCAUCGAUGGGGUGCACACCAUUCAGAGCAGUGUAUCGGCCUUGCUCCACGAGCUGGAAGAGUCGGAGCAGGUCAAGUCUGACCUGGUCAAUGCCCGUGCCCGUCUUGAGCGCGAGAUCAUGCUGAAGCGGCGCAGUUUGUUCAUCGAUCGGGAACGAUGCAUGCAGCUGCGAUCACAUUAUCCCUCGGCCAACACACUGAGUGGUAACUCCCAAAUGUAGACUGGCGAGUCUGUAAGUACCAGAAUUUCAACCACUUUGGUUAGUAUCCAAAUUAAAGAGUGUAUUUUUUUUCUUUUUGACCAACAAAAUAGUUCAAAAUUAUCAGGUGCUUAAAUGUCUAAAUGUAUUCUUGUGAUUAAUAAUAUUUGAUUUGAUUAAUA